AUCUUAGGACGAAAAAAACACGCAUUUUGAGGACAAAUAUACAUGCAUAUUCACUACAAACCGUGUUAUGGUUGUCAUUUGUGUAUCAUAUAACUAUUGUGUUGUGUAUUCAAGUCGGAAGUAUUCAAAGGAUUUUGCUUACAGAGAAAAUUGAUGUGAACUUGAUGAUUUGGAGAUGACCCAAAAAAUAUUGGAUCGAUUUGAAGAUAUUAAAAAUUUCUUCUGAAACGAAGAUGAGACGAGAUCUUAAAUGAAGCCAUUUAAGAAUUAAUAUUCUCGGAUUAAGAAGGCUAGCUCUUUCUAGACUCCCAUUUCAUCUAUAUUAAGAAAAUAUUUCAUAGAAAACACAAGUGGAUAUUAUGUUGAUAUAUGUCAUUACGACUUAGGAAUCAUGCCCACAAUGUGCUAAUAUUGUGUGUAAGAAAAAUAUAAAAAGCUGGAAUCCGUCAGAUAUUUAUGUAAGAAAAAGCUGGAAUUUAUAUGUUGAAUGUUCAGUGUUUGUUAAAAGAUAAACAUUUAUUCUUGUGUGCUCAGUUCCGUGUACAUUGUCGAUAAUUUCAUAAAAGCCGGAUUUAGUAUUUGAAAAUUUUAGUGAAAAUAUUUUGAAAAGAGUUCGUGUGUUGCAUUUGAAAAAUGUGAGCAAUUCUUAGUAAAUAAUGAAUUAAACUGAAUUCGAAGAAAUUCAGAAAAAUAAAAGUGUUUGUUUAAUAUUAUUAUCAAUAUAAUCAAAGAAAAAAAUCUUGAGUCCAAUGUUCAAACCUUUAUGGCCUGAUUAGUUGUGAGUUCUUGGAGUUUCUUGUGAACAGACACACACGUGAACAUGUUUGUGAAGUUAAUUACUCUUUUGGUGAUGGAAGUGUGGGCGUGCCUUGCUGCGACGCAACAUCUGCGCCACUGGCAGCAAGCAGAAGUUCCGUGCACUAUUGGCUCAGCUCUAGACACACCCCUCAUCUCCGCACAUUUAGAACGACCAGUUGCGGCAACAGGAUGUACCGCAAACAACUCGGCAACCGAAACACGAACGGAAGUUCAUGUCAUCCGUUAUCAUGGCGAGGCGAAAGAAAAUUUGGAACUAACUAUCGAGGAUAUGACAAAAUCCGAUUUUGAGUUUCCAAUGGUGAUUGUUCUGGUUUCCGAUGUGAAAGUCUACUGGCAUGUCAGAAUACUCCGACAGCCGGAGCAUCUUCGAAAACACACCUUUGUGGUUUCCCAUGGGUCUGGGUUCCGAUUCGCCAACAAGAAGAUGGUGACGAAGCCAACUAUUCAGAAACCUCGCAGAUUACCUUAUGACAUUGACCAGCUCGCAACUUGGCUUAAAAUGAAAUUCCCCGUGUUGACAUCGUUUACGACACUGGAUGGCGGACAUAGCAUUCGACUGGAAGUCGGAAAAGCUUCUUCACUUCCUGAGGCAAUAUCCGACACCCCGUGUGACGUUAACAGAGCAGACAACACAGCCCUUAGUGCUGGAGCAACGAUGGCCUUAAAACAGUCCAUUAACGGAUGUCUUCUACCACAUAGAUUUUCUUCUCAGUCAAAGUUGGUCUAUGUUGUGGAACUCGGCAAUGUUGGAACACUUGAGCCAUACCUGGUCAGUCUGGAAGUCACCUUGGAAACGCCCCCAAUCCCCAAGGGACGGCGCCCGAGAUCAAGGAAGCCCGAAUCUGGGCGCGUAUUUUGGCUCGUGCUUAAAUCGCCACCUAACGUGGAGUGGCACGUGCAUUCAAAGCAGAAGGAUGAGUUUAUUAUGAUUGUGGCAAACAGCGAUGUGGACAUGUCGGGACUUGAGAUGGAUGUCGGUGUUCGCUCUGAGUUGCUGGAAGAAUCUGGUCAUGAUCUGCUUCGCUGGGUUGAGUAUUAUCUAGGGCCUAUAGCGAUGUAUGCGGCAGUCAACAAUUCAAACCACAUACAGAUUUCGGUGCCUCAUUCAGACGAGAAGCCAAAGUUGACGCCUCGCCACAUUCAGGAGGUGUUACGGGGGGCAAUGACCGUAUCCUGUGACACUUCGAGUCUCACCGUUGCUCUGCCGAGGAAACUGCUUGAGACUGUUCAUGUGGAGGUCGGAGACUUGAGCCUCCUGGACAAGGGAUGUCGGGCCGAGAGGAAUUUGAGCCACGCCUUUAUCCAGUCAGACCCCCGUGGGUGUAGUACGCAGAUGUCCCUCUCAGAUGGCAUGCAGACGUACAUAAACGCAUUAAUUGUUCAGAUGGAUGACCUGUUGUCAGAGAGCUUGGACGGGCUUGUGGGUAGCGGGCUUGAGGACAUAAUAUCGGGCUCCGGGCUUGGUGACUGGACGGGAAUUGAUGAUGAAGAUAUCGUGCCCGGGCACUUGACGUUGGAAUUCUCGUGCAUAACAUCACCAGUGGCUGUUCAUGUUCCUACCAUGCAGGCUGAGCUGAUGUACAAGAUACACCUCUACCCAAAUGACAAGUUUAUGCGACCAGAGGAGAACUUCCCAUACACUGUGACAACUGUCGACACCCCGUUGUACGUGCAGGCACUGGCAACUGCUGACCCAAGGCUACGAGCUCACAUGUACUCGUGCUGGCUCGCUCCGCCGAACAGCGCUGACGACAGUAAAAAUCACUAUCUAGUGAAGAACGGGUGUGAAAAAGAUCGUAGCGUGCAAUACGAAGAUAACAGUAUCCCACAGAGCGAGAGGUUGCAAUUCACCAUGGAGGAAUAUGUCCAUCAUGGAUGGGGAAACCAGGCACAAUUGACUUGUGAAUUAACGCUGUGUUGUAUCGGAAAAGACUGCACACCUUUCUCUUACCCACAGUGUCCAAACUAUAAAACCCUGUGGUGUGAGUUGCCGCGUUUUGGAGUGGCGGAGUCGGACCUUCCUGCCACCAUCGUGUCACUGGGGCCGCUUAACCUACCAGAGGCGCCCAAAACUUACCAUGAGUCGGAUGAGGAAGGUGUAGAAAUGAAGCCCGAAGUCUCAACUGAGACUCCCUCGGUCUCGGGAGGCAAUAAAGGCUCGCCCAUGGUAAUUGAGGGGCUUGAUUCGGGGACUGUCGUGGGGAUCGCAUUUGCGGCAUUUAUCAUCGGGGCUCUCAUGAUGGGCUCCCUCUGGUUCAUCCAUUCUCACUCAGGGUCGCUGUUUUCCUCAAGUCCGUUCAAGCGGAACGCCAGUACAACACAAGAACCUCCAAUCGAAAACGAGGAAGUUUACGUUGAGUCAACUCCGGGAUCUUCUGUUCCUAUUUCCACUUAGAGUUACCUCCCUUCCUCCAGUAUAACAUAUCUACCUCAUUUUGGAGAGCUCCUGGUUGUCUCCAUAGCAACAAAGUAUUCAAACAUUGUGUGGAUGGAAUUGUGGAUUUAUUCUCAUCCAGGAAGUUGAUAACUUCUUAGUCAAAAAGUAUUGAAAGCAUUAUAUUUAAUUUGACAAAAAAAAUCAUAGGAAUUUGACAGUUAUGAUUUUUAUCAAUUAAUUAUUACUAUCAUUAAACGACGCCGCAUUUUUGAAUUUCAUAAACAUUGCAUUGUGCUGAAGUUGAAAGUAGAUUAUUGAUGUAAGUUCAUUUCUAACGUUCGGCUCAGGUGAUUGCAUUACAAUAAUUACGCGCAGGGACUUGAGCUAUUUAUAGAAAAUAUUUCAUAUUUCAGUGAUGUUGCUAUACAUAGAAAUGAUGCAAUGAUGACAUUCUAUUUAUAGCAGUGCCCGUGAAAGCCCUGUUACUAUAUUUAGAAAUAUUUGCUAUUUAUAGCCCUAACUUUAUACUGUCACUGUCUGCCUUGUUAAAUCGGCUCAGAAAUUACCUCACAAUUCAUUCAGAAUCAUUUUUCAAGCAGUUUGAAGCUUUAAAGGCCAGUGUUUACGCAUCGUUUCAGCAUUUGAGACGAUGUUAAAAUUGUUAUGUCUAUAUUUAGAACAAUACUUCAUGACCUCUGUUCGGUAUUAUGUGGUAAGUCACAUGAGGGUUUUGUAUUCAGGUGAACUUUUGUGAAAUAUUUCUUCAUUUUACUAAAAUGUUCUUCUCGUUUAUUUUUAAAGUAAGAUAUUUAUUAUUUUAUCGAAUUGACGAUUUUUUUUUCACAUGCUGGUGAAGUGAAAAAGUGCUAGUGAUUUUUUUUUAAAAAUGUGCUAAAGUUGUGUUUAUUAUUAAAGUGUUUUGUGAAAUAGUAACACACGUGAAACUUAUGAAAUUUUAUGUGCAAAAAAAUCUACGUUUAAAAUACGUGAAAUAUUGACAAUCGCAGGAAAAUUUGCUGAACGUGCAUGGGGAAUUAUUCAAUUUUCUGAAUGUUGUGUAUAUUUAGCAAAUCAGGAAAAAAUCGCAUACUAACGUGUUAAUUUGUUAGUAUGAAUCAGGCGAAAAAAAACGACUGCUUAAUUGUUGUAACUCGGUUACACGGUUAUUUUGUGUAUGGACUGGCAAAAUAUUGCCUUAAGCUGCUUCCGAUUUGUAUGGAAAAUCGGCCGAAUUCUCAGGUUAUCUUCUCCUUUUUUGAUGUUAAAUAAAUUGUUGAUAUUAUUAUGCCCCCUUUUGAAAAAAGUGGGGUAUAUUGUUUUGCACAUGUCGGUCGGUCGGUCGGUCGGUCGGUCGGUCGGUCUGUCGGUCGGUCGGUAGGAAUACCAAAUGGUUUCCGAUCAAUAACUUGAGAACGCUUUGACCGAGGGACCUCAUACUUGGUAUGUGUAUUGGUCAUCACCAGCAGAUGAACCCUAUUGAUUUUGAGGUCAGUGGGUCAAAGGUCAAGGUCAGUGUGACCUUUACAUGAAAAACGGUUUCCGAUCAAUAACUUGAGAACGCUUUGACCCAGGAACCUCAUACUUGGUAGGUGUAUUGGUCAUGACCAGCAGAUGAACCCUAUUGAUUUUGAGGUCAGUGGGUCAAAGGUCAAGGUCAGUGUGACCUUAACAUGAAAAACGGUUUCCGAUCAAUAACUUGAGAACGCUUUGACCCAGGGACCUCAUACUAGGUAGGCUUAUUGGUCAUGACCAGCAGAUGAACCCUAUUGAUUUUGAGGUCAGUGGGUCAAAGGUCAAGGUCAGUGUGACCUUUACAUGAAAAACGGUUUCCGAUCAAUAACUUGAGAACGCUUUGACCCAGGCACCUCAUACUUGGUAGGUGUAUUGGUCAUGACCAGCAGAUGAACCCUAUUGAUUUUGAGGUCAAAGGUCAAGGUCAGUGUGACCUUAACAUGAAAAACGGUUUCCGAUCAAUAACUUGAGAACGCUUUGACCCAGGGACCUCAUACUAGGUAGGCUUAUUGGUCAUGACCAGCAGAUGAACCCUAUUGAUUUUGAGGUCAGUGGGUCAAAGGUCAAGGUCAGUGUGACCUUUACAUGAAAAACGGUUUCCGAUCAAUAACUUGAGAACGCUUUGACCCAGGGACCUCAUACUUGGUAGGUGUAUUGGUCAUGACCAGCAGAUGAACCCUAUUGAUUUUGAGGUCAGUGGGUCAAAGGUCAAGGUCAGUGUGACCUUUACAUGAAAAACGGUUUCCGAUCAAUAACUUGAGAACGCUUUGACCCAGGGACCUCAUACUAGGUAGGCUUAUUGGUCAUGACCAGCAGAUGAACCCUAUUGAUUUUGAGGUCAGUGGGUCAAAGGUCAAGGUCAGUGUGACUGUAAGCUGAAAAAAGGUUUUCUGAUUGUCCAUAUUUUUUUAAUGCAUGCACAGAUGAUUGGGAUUGAUGUAUAAAUGUUUGUAUAGAAAUGAUUUUCUUUUAUGUUACUAUUUUAGUUGGGCAUUUAUUUGCCUUCUUAAGUUAUCAUAAGUAGAUGACCUGCCUCAUAUGCAUCCAAUGACAAAUCAGCUGUCAUUUCAGUCCAUGCAUAUUUCAUUCAAUUGUCCAAAUAUUUCUGGCAACUUGGCGCUCAGGGGGCAUAAUGUUUGACAAACAUCUCUUGUUACAUUAUAAUUCAUGCGAUUUACAUGAGCGUUGUGCUACGUGGCCAUUAUGUGUAAAUGAUUACCGGUAUAUGGAAUUUAUAUAUAUGUUUAAAAAAAUUGACUAAUCUUAUUUGCAUGUUAUAUGUUUUCGGUGUGUGAAUACCACAUGAUAAAUUAUAUGUCAUAAAUGCUACGUCAGAAGGAAGCAUUUUGCUUCUUUUUAACACAUACUUUAUCAUGUGGUAAACACACACUGUGUUUUUGUAUGAUUAAAAUAUUCAAGCCUACUUUUUUCUCGAUUUUUAAUUUCAAAGAAUACAGGGGCCAUCUUUAUAAUAAUCAUUUCUUAUGUUUAAUUUUUUCUAUGGGUUAUUCUUUGUUAUGAUGAAAUAUUUUUUAAAAGAAAUAGUAGUUUUACCAGGUUUGUUGGAAUUUAAAUGUUAAAAUCUUUAUUUGAUUUUCUGACAAUUGCGUAAUAUUCAACUGAAUUUCCUACUAUUAUGAAGUUUUUUUGAACCCUGGUUGUCAAGAUGGCCUCCAGGUUUUCAGACGUGUGGUGAAACGAAAAGAAGUAUAAUGAUUCUUAUAAUACCUUGAAAAAAAAAUAUAGAUGAGUAAGGCCUAAAAAAAUUAUAUAUUUGGUUCGGGUUACCUGACUGUACCUUCGGAAUAGGCGCCGACCCUACCGUUUUUAUAGUCAGUUUGAAAAAAAAUGAAAAACUGAAAAAAAUAAAAAAAAUAAAAAAAAAAUAAUUGCUUUUCAAUGUGUAGUUCAAAACCUUAAAUGCUUAUACAGAAUAUAACUUAAACACCAUUCUCCAAUGAUGAAAAUAACAUUCUUAUAUAAAGCCUAAUAAAAAAAAAAAAAUUAAAAAAAAAAAGCCUACCUACCCUACCUAAUUUUGAAAAGGAUGUAACCCUAACCAAACAAAAAAAAAUUUUAGGCCUGAGUAAGGAUUUUUUCUAUAGAGACUAUAAUUGUUUUGAUAAAUACUUAAUGUAAUAUUUAGAUCUUUUUGAUCAAUCAAGGGACUAGACAUUAUGUGCAAUUCUUAAAUGGGGAAAAUUCAGAUAAGACAGCAACAUGAUUUUUGCGUUUAUUCUUUUAAUUAUGUAAAAUGAUGUAUUAUCGGCCUCCUACUAGCUCACAUUGAAAAUUCUAGGCUUGUUUUGAGGGAAUACUGCACUCCGUGAUUUUUAGACCAUCUGGUGUCUUGUCCGUUUAAAAGUGAAAGUAAUAUCUUACAAGAUAAUAACAUUAGACUCAAAAACAUUUAAGCUGUGGGCUUUGAAUAUUUGUGAUAUUUUUUGGUAUACAAGGUGCAUAUUUGUACAUUAUUUUGUUUCAUGUAAUUCUUGUCUUAGUCCGUCUGUUUUUCAAAGAAAACAAGUCGAGAUAUCGUGAUUUCAUAGCCUUGGUGUCGUCGGCCUUGUUUUAUAAAAAAACUUUAAUAUUUGCAAUAAUUAAAAAGCUCUUCAAGAUAUUGGAAUGAAACUUGGUACAUAUGUUGCUAGAGCCAAUAAGCUCAUGUAAAGCAAGGGUCUUAAAUCUGGCUUUAAUAAUUAUUGAGUUAUUCCCCUUGUUAAAAUGAAGAGAGAAAAAAGGCGAGCAUGAGUGAUGGCUAAGCUGCUCUCUUGUAAUGAUUAUAAAGUGCUAGGACUGUUCUAUUGUGUUCCGUCAUGUCUGGUGUGCUGAUUUUGUUACGAAAUUACCGGUGAAAUAUUUUUAUUGAGAGAUUUUUGUUGACUGAUAUUUUAUUCGUUGUUUGUUUUGAAUGUUGAUGACGAAAAUGUGCUACGUUUUUAUGGUAUUUGUAUUUUUCAGGUCAAUAGUUUUUGCUGCCAUUAUAGAUAUGUCUUCAAGUUAUAAGGGUUGAUUUAUUUCAAGCAGAUAAUGUAUUAAUUAAUUGUACAGACUUAGAUAUAUUGGUAAUUAGUAUUUUUUUCUUGAUCAAAGAUUUUCGUACAUGGUUUUAAAUGUGUUGUUUAGAAUACAUAUGUUAGUGCUAAAAGCUGCACUCUCACAGAUGGACUGUUGUGAUAAUUUUCUGAUUUUAUGUCUUGAGCCUUUUUUUGUGUAAAUGUGUGGAAACCAGUGCUAUAAGACUGCUGACAAAAGAUCAGAUCACAAUUUUCAUAUUAACAUAAAAAAUUGAUGUUUUUUAGCUAAAAGCGUAUGUAAUGCUUUAAAAACAUGAAUUUUUUCACCAGUUUUCUGAAUAAUUGAGAUUUGUUCUAUUGUGCAUGAUCUUACAUGACUGAAUUAAAGGCAAUUCAAGGCUUUGGGGCCAAAAUGGGCUGAUUCUGAGACAUUUUGUUUUUGAAAAUGUCAAAACUGUCAAUUUGUGGUAGCGCAGCUUUAAAAACAAUAUUAUAACAAAAUGAAUUUUAAGAAAGUGAAGAAAUCAUUGAAAGGGACUCUCAUAAUUUUAGUAUGUCGGACAUAGACAUUUAUAAUUUGUGUUUAUAAUGUGAGCUAUCUGUUUGUUAUGAUGAUAAAUUGUUAUCAGAAUUCCAGUAAGAUAAAAAGAAAUUGGUUUAUCAUGUUUUUAACAUUUGACAAAUUGUUUGGUAACGUUUUUGAAAUACAGUUUGAUUAUAAACUUGAAUUUACAAAAUGAUUUAAAAAAAAAUAUUAAAAAUUAUACUAUUUGGUGUUUGUGAAAAUCUCGACAGAAAAUGUUUCAUUUUGCAAGAUAAGUCUUAAUAAUGCUAUUUAAAUGUAAAAUGAUUUCGAGUUUUAAUUUAUAAAAUAAUAUUUUCAAAACAAGUAUCUGUUUGAAACUGUUUGGUGUUUGUUCACAAUAAUUAAUGAAACAACUUACUUUAAAUACGUUUUAUUUAAAUAAAAACAUCUCAAUUUGAACACAUUUUUUUGAAAAAAAAAUAUACCAACAUAUUAAAAUUUACGAGAGUCCCUUAAACGAUGAUUGAAGAUGAUUUGUUAUUGAUCUGGAAAUUGAUAAAUGAUUCUAAUACUUUAACUGAUCAUUUUUGGCGAAAAACAUUGUGUGUAUUUUUUUCUCUCAUUACAAAUGCAAUUUUUUAUUGACUGAAGUUGGUUUUAUAUUAAUUACCUAUUCUACCUUUUAAAAAAGCGAGGCUAGAUUCAGUUUACCCAUGGAUAUGUUAUGUCGGUGUUUCAACUUAUUUUACAAUAUUUUUUCGCAGAUUUUGUGGUUGAGGCGAGGCGACGUUCUGAAAUUAUUACUGUUUUUUAAUUUUUGUUCACAGAGGAAAACACACUAGCUACAUUUGUCAUGGGGAAAAUUUGGCUUUAUUGGUUAAAUGAAUAAAAAAACUGGCUAUAUUGAACGGGCUACAUUGGUCAAGGGAAAAAACUGGCUAUAUUGAACGGGCUACAUUGGUCAAGGGAAAAAACUGGCUAUAUUGAACGGGCUACAUUGGUCAAGGGAAAAAACUGGCUAUAUUGGUCGAGGGUAAAUACAGCUACAUAGGUAAAAUGUAAAAUCUGGCUAUAUUGGUUAAUUGUAAAAACAUUGGAUUCAUUGAAUGGCUACAUUGUUUUAGGGGAAAAAUGGCUACAUUGGUCAAGGGGGGAAAUGGCUACAGCGGUCAAGGGGGAAAAAU